UGCUCUCCCGGCAGCCCGUCGUCAACACCAGUCAGUGUGAGUCCGGCUGUGUGAAGGGAGGGUUGCCGCGUCUCGUCCGCGCUCUGGCGUUCACCAUGUGUCACAUAUUGUCACAGUGAUUUUUAUGUUGGAAGUGACUUAGGUAGUGGUGGCGGUGUGGGUGUGGGAGUGUAGGUACAGUGUGAGGGACCCGCCGGCUGGCAGCCUCUGGCCUCAUGUUGAGGAGCCUGCGAAGCAUCGACAGGUAUACUCGCGAGGUGUUCCACUCCAGCUCCGAGUCGUGUAAGCGGCCGCCGUACAGCAGCCUGGGCGCGGGGGCUGGACACGCCGCCACCUACGACUGGAUCUACCGCGGCUCGGGGGCGACUAUGCCUCCCCUGGUGCGGCCCCACGACCCGACCGCGGCGGCCUACCUCAUGGGGUCCCCCGAGGGCGAGGUGAAGACCAAGCUCAAGUGCGUGCUGGUCGGGGACGGCUCGGUAGGCAAGACUUCCCUCGUCGUGUCCUACACCACCAACGGCUACCCCACGGAGUAUGUCCCCACCGCCUUCGAUAACUACAACGUGGUGGUGAACGUGGACAACCAGCCGAUCAGACUGCAACUGUGCGACACGGCGGGUCAGGAUGACUUCGACUCGCUGCGCCCCCUGUGCUACCCCCAGACGGACGUGUUUCUGGUGUGCUUUAGCGUGGUAUCGCCAACCUCCUUCCACAACGUGCGGGAGAAGUGGCUGCCGGAGCUGCGUCAGCAUAAUCCUCGCCCACCCAUCGUGUUGGUAGGGACUCAGAGCGACCUCAGGACAGAUGUGAAGGUCCUCAUAGAGCUGGCGCAGUACCGGGAGCAGCCGGUGUCCGAAGUGGCAGCACGGCGCUUGGCCCACCAGAUAGGAGCUGUAGGAUACGUGGAGUCCUCAGCUCUCACUCAGCGAAACCUGAAGGAGGUGUUUGACCAGGCUAUUCUGGCAGCACUGGAGGCACGCAACCUUCCAAUGCUGACACGUGGAGGUUCCUCAAAACGUUCCUUCUCAAGACACAGGAAACUUGGCGGUGGGGGCAGCAUGCGUGGUGGAGGUGCAAGAGAUGCUGCCACUGAGCCUCUCAACAGCCACCACUCACCCACCAACACCCUCGACUACACCGACGACACCCACACCAGAAAACGUGGCUGGAGGAAGCUGUGUUGUUUCUCCUGAUCUCUGCUUCCCCUGCUGACUCUCCCCUUCCAUUACCACCACCACCAUCACUACCAUCAUCCUCCACCAUCACCUCCACCACCUCCACCGCCCCACACAAGCAGGGGCGGGCAGCAGAUGAGGCAGCAGAUGGGAUUCAGUCCACAGUAUAUACCUCAUCGCAUUCAUGGACGCUAGAUUCCUCUUUGCAUAACUGAUUCCAAACACUUCUUAUCAAUUCCUGUCAUUUAUUCCUAGAGAUCUUGCUGUAGAGAGGCUCCAAUGGCCUUAUUUUCCUCUCCUCACUUCUCUAACUUAUUGCAGCAGUUAUAGCUCUCUCUUAUCCUUGCUCUACUUUGUACACUCCCCUCCUUCUCUCCCUCCCCUCACACUGGGCAUCCAUUCAACUUCAAAAAUCAAAACGUCUAGCCAAGUCACUCUUCAUCCAUCUCCACAUGAAGUGAAUCUUGAUUUUCAGAUUUCUUGAUUCUUUUGUGUUCAGUGAUCAUCUUUCAAAACGACAUGCUAAAGUUGAGAAAAGCAAUCAGCGACACGAAAGAAAUAUCCUUUUGACGAUUCUACAGAAAUAAUGGUACACACAAUAGCUACACAUAAUACUAGUACAUGAACACACAAAAUAUUGUCUCACAAAAAUAGUUCUAAUAUUUCUAGAUAAAAUAAAAGUAAUCAACUAGAGAUAAAUAUAAAAAAAAAAAUUUCAAGAUAACAUACAAGAACAUAAUAUAAGAAAAAAAAAAACAUUUCACAAUAUGACAUUAUGAUAAAGAGUCAAAACCUUUUAUUCCAAGAGACUUAUGAAUCCAACCCCUUUCUUUCCUUUCCCCUUCCUUCCCUCCCUCCCUCCCUCCCUCACAUCCUUAAGAGUGGAAGCUGAUACACACCCUGAAUCUUGUGAUAGUGUUGUACAUACAUAGAUGAUAAGGCUAAGAGUGUACAUGUAAGUGGCAGUUCUAGUACUACAUACACAUCUACAAAGGAAUUAACACCAGACGUUAGAGUGGUGGUGUGUUCUCGUGUGUAGAAACUGGACAACGUGCUGAGAUGUACAUAUUAAAUGAUUACCUAUAUUGCUCCCUGGAGAGCCUGCGUGUGUGCAAUAAUGAGAAUCCUGAAAACAUGAGAGAGAGAUGUAUGGAAGGUGUUAAGUGCGAGUGUUUUCUUCUGCCUUGUCAUUGCUGUGGUGUGGCACAGAAACAUGAUGUGCUGCACUGGUCAGAACAAGCUUAUGGUGUUAAGAGAUGCUCGGGACCAGAUUCUAUGGAUGGAAAUGAACCGUAGUAAUCAGCGAUGUCUGUUUAGUGAAUAACGUCACAUAUUUAACCCUAAAACGCAUAAAAUAUUACUACAAAGCUAGGAAACCAUAUGUGCUAGAAACCAAGGGAGGCACAGAGGACAGGCAAGAACACUGGAAUCUGUAGUGUGCCCUCCAUAAUUGUUUAUGUCUCUAUGAAUGAUUCAACAUGUAUUUUUGCUACAAGAUGCAUUUCACUAUAUCUGUGUGAUUCUCAAGUAUAAUGUUAGCCUGUAUCAUGGUUUGACUCUAAUAAUGGAACUUUCUCUACUAAGCAUCAUUGUUGAUUUGUUCUCCACUUGGCCUGUGGUCUCCUGAAUGAAGCUUGGACAGGCCAAGUUUCUUAUACAUAGACAUUUCCUUUGUUACAGUCACAGUCAGAAGUAGAAUAACAUUCCACAAUUAUUCCCACUGUCCAUAUGUUCUCCCUCAGUUUUGAGUUCCUUGGUCUGUUUACAGUCUCCUUACAAAACCAGACCGUUAACAGGUUCUUAGUAGAUCAAUGGACUUUUGACUUAAAUAAGAAGUGGAAGUCAGUGUGGAAGCUACUCAAUUUCUGACCAUGACUAUACUUACAGUUUGCCUCCUAAAACUUUAUAAUAUGCAGAGCAUUGAGACUACAUGAUUGGCAUAAGAAUAAUACCUAACUAUCAAACUUCCUAACUUACAUUUACAUACAUACAUACAAACACUUUCUGCAUCUAAUGUUCUCAUCAUGACAAAAAUUUGUAGGGGUUUCAUUACAAUUUUGAUAAGUCCUUCCUUCUCACAGUAUAGAAAAUAUCAUUGUCUUCUUUAUCAGAGGGUGUGUAGAGUAUGUAAGGCAUGCAGUGCUGAUGUAGCAAGUGUCUGUACACCCAAAGGUAGCAGAGGAACACUUUAACUUUGUAGAAAAUAGAAAAGCAAAUACAAUGCAAAGCUGAAAUUCUAUGAAGAAAGAUAACACAUGAAAACUGAAACAUUGAAAAAAAAAAAAUAGCAACACAUAUUUGAAACAUUGGUCAAAGAAGAAACAUAGCAUAGGAAAUAUAUAGUGACAGACACUCAAUCCAGAUUCACCUUCAAUAAAUCACCACUUGAGAUUCCACUCAGCUGGUGGACGUCAACUGUGAUGCCACUCGCCCCUUGUGUCCACAUUCACCACAACUUGUCAAUAAAGAAAUCUAUUAA